AAUUUAAAAUGAACCUACAGGCUAUCAAGGAAGCAGCUCAAUAGAUGUAUAAAUUUCAAUUUAUCCCAGCAAGGAUAAGCUUACCAAAUCUCCUUUGGAGCAGACUUUAUCUGAAGCAACAUCUAAUGAGAAUUGGAAUACUCCUACUAAAUUGCUAUAAGAAGUAGCAGAGGCAUCAUAUGGAUAGUAAGAAUAUUUUGUUGAAUAUUUUAGUACAUCUUGCGAUACAAUUAUGAAAUUCAUUUGGAAACGUCUUGAUUCAGAUAAUAGAGAAUGGCGUAGGAUUUUGAAAGUAUGAUUCUUUCAUUAAAAAAAUACUAGACUCUCAAUAUGAUAGAAUAUUUGACAAAGAAUGGGGCACCUCGUUGUGUAGGAGAAUUCAGAGACAAUAUCUACAAAAUCAGAAGUUUCUCUGAUUUCUUUCUAGUUGAGCAAGGUUCCGACAAGGGUCUCUCAAGUAAUUAAAUGUAUAAUGAUUAGUUCGUGAUAAGACAAAACAAUUAGUAGAUUUGUUAAGCAAUGAAAAGUUGAUUGAAGAAGAAAGAGAGAGUGCUAAAAAGAUACGAGAACGAUUGGCAGGUAUCAUUAAACUUAAAAUAUAAGCUGCUGGGGGUGUUGGAGCUAUUGGAAGUAACACGUCUUAUUAAGGUUAUGGAAGUAGUUCAUAUGAGGGCAAUAAGCCAAAAUAUGGAUAAGAAUCCAAUUCAUCAUAAUCAACAAAUUAUUGUAAGUAUUCAAUUUCUAUAAAGCAUAAAAUAAUAAUGGUAGUUUAGAGAGUGGAGGAGGCUUAGAUAGAUACAGAGGUACAAGUAAUAAUAAUAAUACUGCUAAUAAUAACACAAAUAAUAAUAAUACCAAUAAUAAUAACACAAAUAAUAAUACAAACAAUAAUCCUAAUGCUAAUAUAAGCUUUAAUGGAAUAUAAUGGACAAAUCCUUCAUAAUAAACAACAGCAGCACCAUUUUCAGAACCUGUAAUGAGAUUAGCUAAACCUGGAGAAAAGUGGGAUGUUCCAGGACCUAAGCCAUAACAGUAAUAAUAGCAAUAACAGCCAUAGCAAUAGUAAUAAUAAUAAUAACAACCACCAUAAUAAUAACAAUAAAAAAAUCUAUUAGAUAUUUUUGAUGCUCCUUAACAAACACCUCCAUAAUAACCUUAAAAUGUUCCACCUUUAUAGCCACCUCCCUCUCAAUAGCAAAAUAAUCAAAAUAAUGAAUGGGGCCAAUUUUAAACAGCUACUCCUGUUAGUAAUCCAAUUCCAUAACCUUAAGUUUAAUAGAAAGUAUAGACUAAUUUAUUACCUAAUGAUAUUUUUACACCAGUAACCUCUUAAAAAUAAUAACAAGAUGCUAUACUUUUCGGAUAAUAAAUAACUACUUAACAAAAUAAUUAACAACAAUUUUAUUAAUAGUCUUAAUAAUUAUUAUAUUAAUAAAAUUAGGUACCAUAAAAUCUAUAUCCUAUAUAAUAGUAAUAGUAAUAACAGACAUAUUAAUAACCUAAUCUAUACUAAAAUUAUUAAAUAAAUAAUUAAUAAUAGUAGCAAUAAAAUCCAAACUAUGUGAAAACAUAGGUUCCAACAUAUUAAUCUAAUUAAGCAAAAUAAUAGUAAGAUGAAUUUGCUUUUGGUGAAUUUGUCUCAGCCACUCAACCUAAAAGCACAAAUACUAAUUAACCUGAUUUAUUAGGCAUGCUUGAUUUGAAAAAAGAGAAAUAAGAAUUAGAAUAGAAAAAAUAGAUUCCCAUAGCUCCGAUGUAGAAUCAAUAGCCUUAGUUGUACACAUCCUAAGCUGAAUUAGAUAGUUUCUAAUUCAAUUAUCAAAAUAAAGCACCAGUCUACGGAUAAUGUAUUAGUAUAUUUAAUAUAUCAUAGAUUAAUACCAAUAAAGCAGAUGA